AUGCUCUUUUUUGGUGGCAUCAUGUACGGCAUGAACGCCCUCUUCCCUGUCCUCCAAAAGGAACUUAUAUUUGCAAACCUUUGUCCCGAUUCAACUAACCCUACCGGUUGUCCUGAGCAGGUUGCUAUGUAUGCUAAUGCAUUCACUACAUACUCCGUUGUUAUGAUGAUCUUUCUAGCUAUUGUUGGCAUUUUGAUUGAUUACAUAGGCCUUCGGCUUGUUAAACUGGCUUCAACUUUACUUUACUUUAUUGGAAUGCUUAUGUUUGCCUUUGUCACUCCGUCAACUUCUCCGAUCAUUUUUGUCGGAGGCACAUUUGCAUCGGUCGGUGGAAUGGGCAUGUUCAUGUGUAUGUUUACCGUGAAUCAGUUGUUCACAACAACCUCUGUUAUCGUCCUCGCAUUUGUGACAGGCUCAUAUGAUGCCUCUUCCUCGCUGUUUGCAAUUGUCCAGCUGACAUAUAAUGCAGGAAUUUCAUUGCAAACAACUUUUUUGAUCCUCGCUUUCUGUGGACUUAUUAUGGGUGUGUUCAGCGCCUGUUUCAUACUAUCCUACUGGCUCCCUGACAUGGCAGCUUAUAAAAACGCAUCAAAUGCAAGCAUUGUUGUCGAGGAGGACUUUGAGAAUAUUGACCUGCCUUCAAAGAAUCCGACUGAAGAACUGGAAGAAGACGAAGAGGAAGAGACAAUAGUUGAGGUAGAGGAGUUGUCAGCAGAUGCCAAAGCAGACGCAAUUUUGACCGAAAUCUUCCCAAAUCGACGGAAGUCCCUCUCAUCACUGCCUUUCAUAGUUGCUGUUAUCUACUUCUCUCUCGCACUCUUGAGAUUUACGUUUUUCCUUGCUGAACUCACCCCCGCAGCAGAUGCCCACUUUAAUGACACCGACACCACAGCCCGCAUAGGCAGUACUCUUUCCUUUGCCCUAGCUGGAGGAAUUCUAGCCGGCCUUGCCUGCGGCUCUGUAAUCGACAAACUUCGCGCUGUUUUCAGACCAAAGAUUCGUGAUCUUUUGUCUCUUGAGCCCUCGUCUGAUAGAGAUAACGCCCUUGUGUGGCUUAAGCUGCGUCCAAUGGGCUACUCCAUGUACAUAAUGGCUUCAUGCGCCCUAAUAGUAAGCUGUUUGGUGUUUGUGCCUAUGGAAGAGGUAUACUACGUUAAUUUCUUCUUUCUUGUGGUGAUGCGUGGCUUUCUAUUCAGUACCUUUUCAUCCUCAAUACUUGCUGCCUUUCCCAUUGCCCAGUUUGGAACACUUUAUGGCAUCGGUGGAGCGAUUGCCGGUGCCUUUUCCUGUCUUCAAUAUGCUUUCUUGAUACCCCCGCCGCUCAUCGGGAAUGGUUGUGCACUAGCGCUGGCACCUACCCACAUCGGCGAAUUUAAUCAACCCGCACUUCGCAUCCUGCUUGUCACCCUCCUGCCCGGUUUUUCCGCUGACGACAACUUUGAUGAGCCGUAG